AUGCCGUGGCAUGGCAUGACCACACCAUGCCACCCUCACCUCUGGCCAUCUCUGGACCGCACCACCAUGUCAAACCUCUUCCUCUCACCUCCCUGGACACGCUCGUGCACCCCCUUGACCAAGACUAAGCUUGCACGCGUCAGCACACGCACGCCCAGACGCACCCAGGCAUGCCCAUGCACACGCCAGUGCGCGCACGGCAAGCGCCCUGGACGCGCCAGAACGCGCUGCGUCUCGUCGCCUCAGCAGGUCCCUCGCCACCAGCUCCUGCACGUUGACUCACCUCAGCACCAGGACCCCGCCAGGCACUGCCACGAGCCCUCCCGUGCCCUGUCGCCGUCGAGGAGGACGACGACGUCCGCCACAAACAGCAAGAACAACCCGCGCUCAUCUCGUGCAAAUCUUGGUCAACGUGUCCUGGCCGCUCCUCCCUGGCCGCACCAUCGAGCGCCUCCUCCGCAGCACAGCGCCGCCGCCACUGCUCGCUCCGCCCACGCACUCCAGCCGCCGGGCCCCACAUCCUUGCAGUGCGCGCCGCCGCCCGGCACCCUGCCGCGUCUCAUCACGCUCGCCAAGCUUCCGCCCGCGUGCACCCUCGCCGCCAAUCCUCGCUGCCGCUCGCUGCUCACUACCGCCAGGCCCACACCACGCUCGUCCUGCCCCGUCCCCGCGCGUGCCAAGGCUGCUCUGCCCGCCGCCCGCCCAGCUCGCAGCGACCGCUGCCAAAGCCGCGCUGCCGCCCGCGUCAUCCGUUUCCCUGCCGCGCUGCGCCUCAACCAAGCAGCUCCUUUCCCACGCACGCGCCCCGCCUUAGGCCCCGCAAACACCACGGCCACCGCGCGCAUCGCCCCAGGCUGCUCACGCCCGCCCCUCUGCCAACCAGCUCGCGUGCAGCCGGCCGCCCGUACCCUGCUCGCGCUGCACUCCCUCGAUUUCCUCAACCGGCAGCUCCAAAUCCACGCCAAAUCCGGUUGA